CCGUGUAUUAGUACUAGCAUCAGCUGGUAUUAGCUGAUAUAAUUCCAACAUCAUGGCGUUCACGUUGUGGACACUUUUCGAAGCGACUUUGUUGUGUCUAAAUGCGGUUUGUGUUUUGAACGAAGAAAGAUUUCUCGCUAAAGUUGGUUGGGCAUCUUGGCAGAAUGUACAAGGAUUUGGUGAGCCUCCAACACCUAGAUCACAAAUAUUAAAUCUCAUUAAGUCGAUACGAACUGUAAUGAGAGUUCCUCUAAUAUUUAUCAAUAUCUUGACAAUAGUUGUGAAACUCAUACUUGGGUAACAGAGAAGCACAAUGUAAAUAUAACAAUAUGUUGUGUGGGAAUCAACGAUUGAUUAUAAUAUAUACAAAAUUAUAUCAAAUUAUUUUUAUAAUAUAAUAAGCAAAAAAACAAAGUUCUUAUUUAUUUUUCAUACAUAUGUAUGUAAAAAAGACAUCAAUUCUAUAUUACACAACUGCUGCAUUUUGAUGUUCACUGCCAGUACUAAAAAUCUAUACUUCAUAUCACAUGUGAUAUAGAUUUUCAGUACUGGAUAUUAGUAUGUA